AUGAUGGGCUACAUGGGACCCUCGGCGGCUCCUUCAGGCUACACAGGAGCAUACGCGAUGCCUGUGCCAGCUCCAGAGGGAGCCUACAGCUUCCCGUAUCCCCACGUGACAAAGAGCAAGGAACAGGAACCAAAGGAGGGGCCUGACAUGAGCAAGUACGUGCUGCGGUCGGAGGAAGACAACAGGUUCGAUGUCCUCGAGUCGAGGGUGAAGGUUGAUGAGGAGCAAAUGAAAACAAUGAGGAAGACCAUCAAGCUGCUGCAGGAACGUCUUGACUCCAACGGGAAGAGAUGA